AUGUCACAUCCUAAUCACCACAUCUCAUACGCCCAAGCUCGCAUAAACUACAGCCUGCGCUGUCCCCGGGCCGCCUCAAACGGCCAAAUUUGUCCUAGCAUCCAAGCCCACACCGCAGCCACCCUCCGCCACGAAAUCCAAGCCCUCGCCACCGAACUCCUAAAUACCCUCGUGGCUCAGAAACGACUCCGCUUCUGCCGACGUACCCACGAUAUUAGGUUUUCUGUGUUUGACAAGCGGGACAAACAAGCGGCCGAGAUGCUGGAUUUCUGGACGAACUUUGUGAGGAAACAUUUCAAAGCUGUUAGGUUGGGUGGCGGGCAGAGUGUGCAGAGUUUGGCUGGGCUGGAGGGGUUGAGGAAGUUGGGUCGGAAGGAAUUGGAGGAUGUGAGGGGCUGGGGUGGUAAGCGUGGGAAGGAUGGUGGCGGUCAAGACGUUGACGGAUCUGUAGCAGCGUGA